AUGACAUCCAACACAGAAGCAUCGCAGCGCAAUUCGCCGGUGAGAAUACUUCCACACCCCGACGGUCUACAACGACUUGAACACGAGCGCCGCGGAGGCCAAGUAAUCGACCCGAACCAAGCAGAACCACAGAAGACUCGCCCGGGCGGUAGAGGCCGUCGCGACCCCCAGGCCGAGGAGGAAGACGCCUUUGUUGAGAACCUUCGCGCACAGAAUUUAUCGUGGAAGAUCGUGGCGGAAAUGUUUCGCGAACGGUACGGCAAGAAUACUAGCGAGGCACGGCUCCAGAUGCGCAUGUUGCGGAGGAGAAAGAGUGCAGCGGCGUGGCAAGACGCAGAUAUUCCACUACUUCAAGAGGCGCAUAAAUAUUGGCGGACGGAAAAGUACCGAAUAAUUGCAACCAAGUUGCAAGACCUAGGGGCAAGCCAAGAGUACACCGGAGAACAAAUACAAUCGCAAUUGAAGCGCUCACACGAGGACGCUUCGGAUAAUGAACUCGCGACAGUUGUUACAACAUCUCCGGAGCUUGAGCAUACGGGACUACGCAGGCCCGGAACCACAAGUUGUACGAACAAGAAACGGAAAAGACGGCUAGACGAUGAAGAGGACCAAGGAGAUUGA